UUUUCAGCAAGCAUUGCAAAAAUCCAACCAUUCAUUUCCAAAAACAAAUCCAAUAAAAACUCCAUCUGCUUUGUUUAUCCUUUUUUCCUCACACAAACCUCACAUUCCAUAGCUAAAAGAAAGGGAAAAAAAACCAGGAAAAACUCAAGAGAAAUCCAGAAAAACCCUUGUCCAUUUUCACCUCCAGCCUUUCAUUCCUGAAAAGGGGUUCCCCCAUUUUCCCUUUUCUCUUUCAGAAACAUUAGAUUUGAGGUAUUAUUAUUGUUGAGCAAAUUUGCCAUUGCCCAUGUUCAUAUGUUGCUACAUUCUUGAUACGUAAAAGUAGUAUAAUGGUUAGAGAAGAAAGCAGUGUCCAGAAAGCGAGGUCUUUUCGAUUAAAAAAGAUGUUUGAGAUUCCAGGAAGACAAGCGCAUAGUUAUGUGCUCGAUGGAAAAACCGGCGGAGAAGCCAUUGACGAUAAGCAAUUUAGGAGCCACGGCGCAAGGGUUGCGCCGAUAGAGUUAAUAGGAUCUGUGUUCAAUCCAUGGGGGGAGAAGGGUCCGGUUUCGCGGUUGAGCAAGGAGGGGGGAAGGGGAUUGAGUCCCCAUAGCAAGGACCAACAGCCUUCAGACAUGGAAUUGAUGAAGGAAAGGUUUUCUAAGCUGCUUUUGGGAGAAGACAUGUCAGGUGGUGGGAAGGGAGUUUCAUCAGCUUUGGCUUUGUCCAAUGCCAUCACUAAUCUCGCCGCUUCUGUUUUUGGAGAGCAAAGGAAGUUGGAGCCAAUGUCUCCCGAUAGGAAAGCAAGGUGGAGAAAAGAAAUAGAUUGGCUUUUGUCAGUAACAGAUUACAUUGUUGAGUUUGUUCCUUCUCAACAAAAAGCAAAGGAUGGCACAAAUAUGGAGAUAAUGGUGACACAACAAAGAAGAGAUCUGCUCAUGAAUAUCCCAGCCUUGCGCAAGCUCGACGCGAUGCUCCUUGACUGCCUAGAUAACUUCAGAGACCAGAAUGAGUUCUGGUAUGUAUCAAGCGAUGCUGAUGAAUCAGAGAAGGGCAACGACAAAUGGUGGCUACCGACGGUUAAAGUUCCACAGGAUGGACUGUCAGAUGUAUCACGAAAAUGGCUGAAAUUUCAGAAGGAAUCUGUAAAUCAAGUCCUCAAAGCAUCAAUGGCCAUAAAUGCUCAAAUUUUAUCAGAAAUGGAGAUCCCUGAGAACUACAUUGAGUCCCUCCCUAAGAAUGGGAGAUCGUGCCUCGGUGAUUUGGUGUACAAGAGCAUAACAGUUGAGUACUUCAAUCCAGUUGAAUUCCUCUCAAACAUGGACUUAUCAACGGAGCACAAAGUUCUUGACCUUAAGAACAGGAUUGAGGGUUCUAUCGUGAUUUGGAAGAGGAAGAUGCACCUUAAGGAUGGAAAAUCGUAUUGGGGUUCGGGAGUCAGCAUGGAGAAGAGGGAGCUAUUCGAAGAGAGAGCAGAGACCAUCUUGCUCCUGCUUAAACAACUGUUUCCUGGACUUCCUCAAUCCGCGCUUGACAUUAGUAAAAUCCAAUAUAACAGGGAUGUUGGACAUGCUAUCCUAGAGAGUUAUUCAAGGGUACUAGAAAGCCUAGCCAACACGGUCAAGUCUCGUAUUGAAGAUGUCCUCUACGCAGACUCAGGGAGUCGUUCCCCUAGCCCCAUGGAAGAUUCAACCAAGCCAAACGCAGCAGAGACGCCCACUUCAAUGACACUAUCAGAUUUCAUGGGGUGGAAAUUGGACAAAGGAGAUCCAGAGACGAAGAAGAAUAACACAACGGGAAAUUUAGACAAUUCUUUCAAGGAUGAAAAUGAGAAGAUGAGCAAACCUCCUAAAGUUGUGACAGAUAAGAAGUUUUCCCACAUGGAUAAGCUUGAGGCCCUGGCAGGUUUAAGUCCGAUGCGGAUCUAAUGGCAGUAACUGUGGAAACGAAGCUGGAACAGAAACCGAAAGUGAAAGAGAGGAAGUGUUGAACAAGGAAAAAAGCAAAGGACCUUUAGUUUUUAUACUUGUGGGUGUAGAUAGCUCGGACCCGGUAAGGAGUCUAGGGAGGGGGAAUUCCUUUUGUUGUUCUUCCAUCCAGUUAGGGAUAGGGAAGUACGAGGAAUGAAUCACCCCUUGGUGUUAGAUACAUUUCAGAAGUAUGCAUAUUUAUUUUUUUUUUUACAUUUUUUUGGGGUAGUUUUGAAUCAUUUAUUCCCUGUUCUUUGAUUCCCUUUCCUUCCAUGUACCUAAAGAAACAGUUUAACUGCAAUACCGGAAGGUGAGAGUUCAAGAAAAAGCAAGUAACAUCUGCAUCUGCACAGUCUUUUUUUCGUUUGCCAAUAAAAAAGGGAUGGAGGAGGGGCAUCUGCCUUAGGUACCUCCCUGGGCGUUAUCGAGUUCAGACUCACGGCAGAUCCCUAAUGGAUCAGUCACCCCUAGGUUUCUACCGCAGCACCAAGGUGGGAUCAAAAGAAAGCCUCUCUCACGCGUCAUCUGGUUCACAGGACUACUACCGCAAUGCAAGGAAAAACUUAAUUUUUUCCAGCAACCGGUUGGACCUCUGCUUAUUUGACAAAAUUCAUGUAAAAAGGAUUACAUUUCCAUUUCUGUGGUCUCCGUAACUGUCAAAACCAAAUCAUAUAUUAGAAUGCGAGAAGGUAAAUUUUGGUCGAAAAUAA